AUGGACACCUGUGACGAUGUCACUCUAGCCAAAGUUCCGGCUCCAGUGGCUGUGCACUGUGGGAGUGUCCCUCAGACUAGUGCUGGGCUCCGAGCACCCCCACCUGGAAGCGUCAACUCCAGUCUUCUUCCUUAUGAUGAAGCCUCUCCACAGCCGGCGUCAAGUGUCCUGCCAAGCAGUGAGAAGCCAUCGCAGCUCCUGAGUGGGCAUGAGGACCAGAGUGGCCUCAUGCUGGAUGCUCCUUUGAAAGGCUGGCAGGCCAGAAAUGGCUACCCCAGGAACCUCGGAGCUCUGCCCUUGGGGUCCCACCCCAUGGCAGCUAUCCCCUCCCUGGAAUCAGAAGCCAGCAGUGUGGCCCGGGACACUAUCCAGAUUAAGGACAAACUCAAGAAGAGACGGCUCUCAGAAGGCAUGGCAGCAUCUUCUCAAGCCUCUCUGGAUCCGGUGGGAGGCCCCAGAGGAGUUCCUCUUCGGAGCACCAUCCCCCGAACCACCUCACAGAGGCUUCUGAGGGUACCCAGGCCAAUGCCUCCCAUCCAGAGCAUCCCCACCACCCCUGAGGCCAGCAGUGCCAAGGAGAAGGACCUGGACCCACCUGGAGGCAGACAGGAUCUCCAGGACUCGGGAUCUAGUGCCCAGGAGGUGCAGAUUUCCAGGCAAUACCUGCAUUGUGCCGAUGAGAAGAUGCUCAAGUCUUUAGGAGGCAUCGUGAUCCCGCCCAUUCCGAAGGCCCGGAUGUCCACAGGGACCUCUUCCUGCAGGCCUGGCUCCUUGCCCAGCCCCUUGUGUCCAGGCCAGGAUGGGCUUAUGGGACCAAGGGCCCCACAUGCGCGAUUGACUUGUGAGAAUGGGCCUCUGGAAAAGACCCCUAAAUCUCUGGCACCAAAGCCUUUGGUCCCAGCUGUCAAAGCCAAGUCUUCUGAAGCCACCCCAGCGUCACUGGCUUCAUCACAGUCUGCCUUUACUCUGACAUCAUUCUCCAGCCAUGCCAAAGAAACCCGCUCCCUGGCGAACGAAGAAGACCAGAGGGAGUCCAGCACCAAGGUCCAAGUCACCAUUUCCAAGUCUGCACAGGAAAAAAUGCGACUGAAGCAGAUGAAGGAGAUGGAGCUGCUUCGGAGGGCAAAGGAGCCAGAGCGGGAGCGAGAACUGGCCUCCCAGGGCUUAGGCACAUGGAGAACCUCAGCAAAGGAAGGUCUCCUUCCUUUGCGGGGCAGUGGAACCCUGUCAGAGCCUACUGGGAUAAGCAGCCCACGAAGAAACAAUAUAGGAGUCCUCCAGAGGAAGCGGGCUAACCGAGCUUCCCUGCCUAGCAUCCCUGUCAGCAAGCAGGAGCCUGGCUUUGCCCGACAUGCAUCAGCUAACUCAUUACCAGCCGUGCUUACCUUGGGCUCCCCUGAGUGGGAGGAAGAGGAGGAGGAGAUGGAUCUUCGGACUCUCAGGGAGUUGAGGCCCUUCUCCAACCCAGAGCUGGGGCUGACAGAUGCCCUCCAGUGCCUCAACAGCAAUGACUGGCAAAUGAAGGAGAAGGGCCUGGUGAACAUCCAGCACCUGGCAGCUUGUCACUCGGAGGUCCUCGGUAUACGACUGCAUGAUGUGUCCUUGGCAGUGACUGCGGAGGUUACCAACCUCCGCUCCAAGGUAUCCCGCCUGGCCAUCAGCACCCUGGGAGACCUCUUCCGAGCUUUGAAGAAGAGCAUGGACCAGGAGGCUGAGGAGAUUGUCCGCUGCCUUCUGCAGAAGAUGGGGAACACCAGCGAGUUCAUCCAGCGGGCAGUCAACCGGGCUCUGGGCGCCAUGGUGGAAAAUGUGACUCCUGCCCGUGCACUAGUGGCCCUCACAUCUGCGGGUGUCUACCACCGGAACCCCCUAGUCCGGAAAUGUACUGCCAAGCAUCUCUCGGCCGUCCUGGAGCAGAUCGGAGCAGAGAAGCUUCUCUCAGGCUCCAGAGACAACACAGACAUGCUGGUGCACAACUUGGUGAGGUUGGCUCAGGACUCUAACCAAGACACCAGGUUUUAUGGCCGGAAGAUGGUGAAUAUCUUGAUGGCAAAUGCAAAGUUUGAUGCAUUUCUGAAGCAAUCCCUCCCGUCUCAUGACCUACGGAAAGUCAUGGCAGCCAUCAAACAACGGGGAAUACAAGACAACCAUGAACUCCCAUCUGCCAAAGGUCGAAAGGCGUCGAAGAGUCUGGUGGUGUGUGAGAACGGGCUGCCUAAUCAAGAGGGGUAUGGUUGUUCUUAGCAGCUGCGGGAGCUGACCAGGCUGUUGGAGGCCAAGGAGUUCCAGGCUCGGAUGGAAGGCGUUGGGAAGCUCCUUGAAUACUGCAAGGCCAAGCCAGAGCUCGUUGCUGCCAACCUAGUCCAGGUCUUUGAUGCUUUUACCCCAAGGCUUCAUGAUUCCAACAAGAAAGUGAACCAGUGGGCGCUGGAAUCCCUCGCACAGAUGCUUCCCAUCCUGAAAGAGAGCAUCCACCCCAUGCUGCUGUCCCUCAUCAUCUCAGCUGCAGACAACCUCAACUCUAAGAACUCUGGGAUUUCCACUGCUGCCUCCACUGUGCUGGAUGCCAUGAUGGACAGCCUGGACCACCUUUGCCUCCUGCAAGCGUUUGCUGGGCGUGUGCGUUUCCUGACGGGCCCUGCAGUGCUGGAUGUCACAGAUCGCCUCUCAGUGCUCGUUGCCUCAGUGUACCCCCGGAAGCCUCAGGCUGUGGAGCGGCACAUCCUUCCAGUCCUCUGGUACUUCCUGAACAAAAUGACUGGCAACGGCGUGCUACCUGGGCGUGGUGGGAACGUCCGCACUGCGGUGUGCAGGCUGGCCAGGAGCCUGCAGGAGCAAAUGGGGUCCCGCCUGCAGGGCUUCGCUGCUAAUCAGCCCCAGCAAGUCCUCAAGACACUCCAGGGACUUUUAGCUCCUGAAUCUCUGGGGGGAAAUGACAAGGUCACCGGUGGAGGAAUGGCCCCUGACAUCCUGAUGACUGGAACCACCUGUCCCCAGCAGCUGGAUUAA